GGGUGUAAAUACUAACCUUUCACAUGUGUGAAUUUUUUGGUGUUUGUUAUUAUUUGUAAAUAUAAUCUGUCCUUAAAAUGGCUAAUUUUUCUGAAGACUUGUUUGACGUUUUCGAAGAAACAGAUGAUGUAGUAGAGGUAAUUCCAGCCCCAGUAAGACAGAAGGAUUUCCAGAUAUCAUUGAACGAAAAAAAAACUGAUCCAGAGAGUGGGACGAAACGAGACUUGGAAACUGAUGCUAGUGAAAUAAUUUCUAAAAAAUUACGAUUCGAUCCUGUCUUGGAAGAUAUAAACGUAGAAGAAUUGGCACCGCGUAUUAAAAUACAUACUAUAGAGACGAUCGAAUCGUGUACGCACGAAGUUGCAGUACCACCGGAUUAUCAAUAUGUACCAUUGGAAAGUAAACAAAGCAAAUCAGCUAAGGAAUAUAAAUUCGUGCUAGAUCCUUUUCAGAAGGAAGCAAUAUUAUGUAUCGAAAACAAUCAAUCCGUUUUGGUUUCUGCUCAUACUUCGGCUGGUAAAACUGUUGUUGCGGAGUAUGCCAUAGCAUGUUCGUUAAGGGAUAAGCAAAGAGUGAUUUAUACAACUCCUAUCAAAGCAUUAAGUAAUCAAAAAUACAGAGAAUUUUUUGAGGAAUUCAAGGAUGUUGGCUUAGUAACCGGAGAUGUUACAAUUAAUCCAACAGCCAGUGUUCUUAUCAUGACUACUGAAAUCUUAAGAAACAUGCUUUACAGAGGAUCCGAGGUAAUGCGUGAAGUCGGUUGGGUAAUCUUUGACGAAAUUCAUUAUAUGCGUGACAAAAGCAGAGGUGUCGUAUGGGAAGAAACAUUAAUAUUGUUACCAGACAAUGUGCAUUAUGUAUUUCUUUCCGCUACUAUACCUAAUGCACGGCAAUUCGUAGAGUGGGUAGCACAUUUACAUAAACAACCGUGUCAUGUUGUUUAUACAGACUAUAGGCCGACUCCUUUACAACAUUAUAUAUUUCCUGUUGGUGGGGAUGGAAUUCACUUGGUUGUAGAUGAAACGGGACAAUUUAAAGAAGAAAAUUUCAACAGAGCAAUGGCUUGGUUGCAACACGGCGAUCCUGCUAAAGGAGAUACAAAAGGUCGUAAAGGAGGGAUGCGCUCCUCAAAUUCUGGACAUUCGAAUAUUUUCAAAAUGGUGAAAAUGAUCAUGGAAAGGAACUUUGCACCUGUAAUUAUAUUCAGCUUUUCAAAAAAAGAUUGCGAGGUUUAUGCGAUGCAAAUGGCUAAAUUGGAUUUAAAUACAAUAGAAGAAAAGAAAUUAGUGAAUGAAGUUUUUAAUAAUGCUAUGGAUGUUCUUAACGAAGAAGACAGGCGCUUACCGCAGGUUGAAAAUGUAUUACCACUUUUAAGACGUGGAAUAGGAAUUCAUCAUGGUGGACUUUUACCUAUACUGAAGGAAACUGUCGAGAUAUUGUUUGGCGAAGGGUUAAUAAAAGCGCUCUUUGCGACAGAAACUUUUGCAAUGGGAUUAAAUAUGCCAGCGCGAACAGUUCUAUUCACAGCAUCGCGAAAAUUCGAUGGCAAAGAUUUUCGUUGGAUUACAUCUGGUGAAUAUAUUCAGAUGUCUGGUCGAGCGGGCAGAAGAGGUCUAGAUGAAAAAGGAAUAGUAAUAUUAAUGAUAGAUGAACAAGUUAGUCCGGUAAUUGGCAAAGCGAUUGUACAAGGGAAACCAGACCCCAUUAAUUCAGCAUUUCACUUGACUUACAAUAUGGUUUUAAAUCUUCUAAGAGUCGAAGAAAUUAAUCCGGAGUACAUGCUUGAAAGGAGUUUUUAUCAAUUCCAAAAUCAAGCCUCCAUUCCUGAUUUAUAUAACAAGGUAAAAGAAUUGCAAGCGGCGUAUAAUGCGGUGGAUAUUGAUAAGUAUAAUCAAAUAUCGUCUUACCAUGACAUACGUGAACAACUCGAUCGUCUUUGUACCGAAUUUCGAUCUUUCUUGACAAAACCAGAAUAUUUACUUCCAUUCCUACAACCUGGAAGGCUAGUAAAAGUGAAAAAUGAGAAUGAAAUGUUUGAUUGGGGUAUUAUUGUAAAUUUUAAAAAGAAGAAUCCUACAAAUCCGACAAAAGAAAACACUGCUAUCAUUAUAGACAUUUUACUCCAUAUUUCUAAAGAGUCUAGCAAAGGAUGUCCAGUACCUUGUCGCGAAGGAGAAGAGGGUGACAUGGAAGUAGUCCCUGUUUUACACACACUAAUUUCACAAAUAAGUUCACUUAGAUUAUACUACCCAAAAGAUUUAAGACCAUCCGACAACAGGAAAAGUGUAUUAAAAACGAUACAGGAAGUAAAGAAAAGAUUUCCAGACGGACCACCGCUACUGAAUCCUAUUACAGACAUGCGAAUAGAAGAUGAAACAUUUAAAGAUGUCGUUAAGAAAAUCGAAGUAUUGGAAGAAAGAUUAUAUGCUCACCCUUUCCAUAAGGAUCCCAAUAUAAAUACAUUAUACGAACAAUUUUUGCAUAAAGAUGACUUAGCUAAUCAGCUUAAAGAAGCAAAGUUAGAAUUGAAACGAGCCAAAUCGAUACUUCAAAUGGAUGAAUUAAAAUGUAGAAAACGAGUGUUACGAAGAUUGGCUUAUUGCACAACGUCAGACGUUAUAGAAUUAAAAGGCCGAGUGGCUUGCGAACUAAAUGGAGCUGAUGAAUUGUUAAUGACGGAAAUGAUUUUUAAUGGAUUAUUUAAUACGUUAAGUGUACCGCAAAUGAUAGCAUUAAUUAGUUGUUUUGUUUGUGACGAUAAAUCGAACGAAAUGCCUAAAAGUACCGAGGAAUUAGGUGGCCCUCUAAGACAAAUGCAAGAUUUGGCCCGCAGAAUAGCGAAAGUAUCUACAGAAGCUAAUUUAGAAUUAGACGAAGACUCAUAUGUGGAAAGUUUUAAACCAUAUCUAAUGGAUGUUGUAUAUGCUUGGAGUAAAGGUGCCACUUUCUUACAGAUUUGUAAAAUGACAGAUGUAUUUGAAGGUUCAAUUAUACGAUGUAUGCGUCGUUUAGAAGAAGUUCUUAGACAAUUGUGUCAAGCAGCAAAGAACAUUGGAAACACGGAUUUAGAGAAUAAAUUCAGCGAAGCGAUUAAACUCAUAAAACGUGAUAUUGUCUUUGCCGCAUCUUUGUAUCUAUAAUAAAAUUUUUUAGAAAGAUUUGCUAUUAUUUAAAAUAUAUUUUUUUUAUUACGAGUUCCAUUUAUAUCUUUUACAAAUUAAGUUCUCUUUCAAUAUAUUUUGAAAUGCUCAUUGCAAUCAUGGUAACGAUAAA